GUGAUUGUAAAGGAUUUCAAGAAUCCUGGCUACCAAGCUGGCGCGAUUCAAAGCGUUAAGGACGCCUUUGGUUCCAAAGGGGCCCAGGAACACUGGUUUGACGACUACGACUGGGUAAUGAAAACAAACCCGGACACUCUGCUCAUUCAUGACAAAUGGAUUCUGAAGACAAUGAAUGAUAAUUCUACUGAUGCCAUCUUUCACGACUGCGGUGCCCUGGCUCUACACAGCGACUUCUUCAUGGUACGGCCGCGAGCCGUCAAUGUGUCGGCCUUUGACUUCUUCACCAUGACAAAGCAGUUCCCCACUGCUGAGAUGCAUCUGUAUCAGGCCUUCACAAACAUUCGCCGGUCUAUGCGUUACAAAUGGCUGCAGGGGGCGGCAGGCUCUCUAGGAGUCUGUCGCAUGCGAGGUCCGAAGUCCCCGGUAGCUCACAACCACGAGCUGUGGAGAUAUUGUCCAGACUAUAUCAAAGCCUGGGU